AUGCUGAGCAGGAGGAGCAACCCUGCGACCCUCGGAAGGACGAUGCUGAGGCAGGAGGAGCAACCCUGCAACCCUCGGAAGGACGAUGCUGAGCAGGAGGAGCAGCCCUGCAACCCUCGGAAGGAUGAUGCUGAGCAGGAGGAGCAACCCUGCAACCCUCGGAAGGAUGAUGCUGAGCAGGAGGAGCAGCCCUGCAACCCUCGGAAGGACGAUGCUGAGCAGGAGGAGCAACCCUGCAAUGCAACCCUCGGAAGGACGAUGCUGAGCAGGAGGAGCAACCCUGCGACCCUCGGAAGGAUAAUGCUGAGCAGGAGGAGCAGCCCUGCAACCCUCGGAAGGACGAUGCUGAGCAGGAGGAGCAACCCUGCGACCCUCGGAAGGAUAAUGCUGAGCAGGAGGAGCAGCCUCGACCCUCGGAAGGAUAAUGCUGAGCAGGAGGAGCAACCCUGCAACCCUCGGAAGGACGAUGCUGAGCAGGAGGAGCAACCCUGCGACCCUCGGAAGGAUAAUGCUGAGCAGGAGGAGCAACCCUGCGACCCUCGGAAGGAUAAUGCUGAGCAGGAGGAGCAACCCUGCAACCCUCGGAAGGACGAUGCUGAGCAGGAGGAGCAACCCUGCAACCCUCGGAAGGACGAUGCUGAGCAGGAGGAGCAACCCUGCGACCCUCGGAAGGAUAAUGCUGAGCAGGAGGAGCAACCCUGCAACCCUCGGAAGGACGAUGCUGAGCAGGAGGAGCAACCCUGCAACCCUCGGAAGGACGAUGCUGAGCAGGAGGAGCAGCCCUGCGACCCUCGGAAGGAUAAUGCUGAGCAGGAGGAGCAGCCUCGACCCUCGGAAGGAUAA